CCUCCAGGAGAGCCCGGACCUCAAGGUCCACCAGGACCUCCUGGUCAACCAGGAAGCGAUGGAGCUCCGGGACAACCAGGACCAAAGGGCCCCAACGGUCCAGAUGGCCCGCCUGGAGCCGAUGGAAAUCCAGGAGCCCCCGGGCCUGCUGGACCUCCUGGACAACCGGGAGAACGUGGUAUAUGUCCGAAGUACUGUGCAAUCGAUGGAGGUGUCUUCUUUGAAGAUGGAACUCGACGUUAACUUUGUCGCUUAUAAUCAAGAAACAAAACAUAUUCUCACUCGUAGAAUAAAUGUUCAUCGACUCGGUCUCACACAUUAUUGGUAAUA